AUGGCAUGGAGGAAGAAGAGCGGCGGCGAGUCGUCGCCCGGCGCCUCGCCGCGCUACAGCGACGAGCGCGAGAAGGUCCCGAGGGGGCAUGUCCCCAUGGUCACCGGCUGCGGGGAGCGCGUGAUGGUGCCGGUGAGGCUGCUCACGCACCCCUGCAUCGCGGAGCUGCUGGACAUGGCGGCGCAACAGUACGGGUACGGCCAGCCGGGCGUGCUCCGGAUUCCCUGCGACGCGGGGCAUUUCCGGGCCGUCGUCGACAGCGCGCUACAGAGCUAGGCAACACCUGAACUGAAGACGUGUUCGGAGCUAUUAUACAUACAUAUACAGCGACAGUGUACUCAAGUUAGUUGGACAUACAUAUAGUUUGUUCUUUGGUUGAUCGAUUCCUUGGUAAAUAUACGGUCGAGAGACCAGAUUUGAGUGAAAUUUGAAGUGCUCACGCGAGCUGCGAGGAACAGACAGAUUCUACUUUGCUUUUCGUUUGGUUUGUUUUGCUGUCCAGAGCUUGUGC